GAGAAAGGGGUAAGACGGUCUUUUGACAUUGAGGAAACAAACUAUAGUAGUAGUAUGGAGUGGGUGACUCGAGUAGUGGAGGUGGAGAUGAAGGUGUCGCAUCUUUAACUUAACCGGCGUUUAUAAUUGCAUUUGAAACCCCGUUCAACCGUAACCGGAGGCGGAACAUCGAUGCAAUUUGUGGAUAGGAACUUUUGAUUUUCAUCAGAACUUGGUGUAGCUUUUCUGCUUCUGCUCCAUUCAUUUCAAUUCCAUUUCUAAUUUCAUAUCUAAAAUAGGAACACGCUCUUCUUCAUACUUCACAUUUUUCAUCUGCAAUCUUCAUUUCCCUCCGAAACCCUACAUUUUCGCCUAGUGGUGGAUCAGUUUCCGGUGGUUCCUCGCCAAUUAAGUGUUUACGUGGAGUGUAGGAUUGCUGUGUGCAAAUAUAAGGUUGUGAGAUGGAGGAUGGUGAGAAACCCACGGGUAAUUCCCAUGGCAUUUCUGAUAUGGAUGUUGUUGAUGCGGCUUUGCAUGGCCAGCAUGUGUCGUCUUCCCCUACUGACAAUUCCCCUGCUCAGCAACAGCAGGAUCAAGUAAUGCUCGAACAGGGCGAUGAUAACAAAAACGGGGAUUCUGAUCCUAGUAAUGUACCAGAGACUAGUGUAAUUAGCGAGAAUCAGUUUGAGGUUGAAGAUUCCAAGACGGUUUCGCACCAUGAACUGAUCACUCCUAAGCCUAAAGAAAAGAACAUUAGGGAAAUGAAGAAUGUGCUAAAUGAUACCGAGAUGACUGAGUAUGAUGAGUAUGGCACACCUCUGGACCGGGAAACAUUUAUGAAAGAGCUUGAGAAUUUCUACAGAGAGCGGUCCUUGGAAUUUAAGCCUCCUAAGUUUUACGGAGAGCCACUAAAUUGCCUUAAGUUGUGGAGAGCUGUUAUCAGACUGGGUGGCUAUGAUGUGGUAACUGGCUCCAAGUUGUGGCGACAAGUAGGAGAGUCUUUCAACCCCCCAAAGACAUGCACUACAGUCUCAUGGACAUUUAGAAUCUUUUAUGAGAAGGCACUUUUAGAGUAUGAAAAGCAUAAGAGAGAGACUGGGGAGCUACAGCUCCCUGUUGGAUCAUUCCAUCAAUCUCCAAAUGUAGAAAAAGAGUCUAGGGAUCAUCAGAGGUGGUCGAUUGCUGCUGGUUCUCUACUACACAUGAUAAGGAAGGAGAAAUUUUACAGAAAAGAGCAUUUGAAACAUGACUUGGAAGCAUGUAACAACAUUUCAACCUCUACAAUCUGUUUGUAUAUAUCGAAUAAUGAGUUUCUUUUUCAGACUACUGUUUACCAGGCUCUAGGAUCAGGUAGAGCACGAAGGGAUGCAGCAGCCCGUGCAAUGCAAGGUUGGCAUGCUCAACGCCUUCUUGGAUAUGGUGAGGUUGCUGAGCCAGCUACUAAGGACAAGAACUUCAGUUCCACACCAAAGCGUGAAAAGAACCUAAAAAGCAUUGGUAUGAUUAAUAAACAGAGGACCCCAGCUGGUUUGGAGCAUGCUGAGAAAGCUGCAAAUGUUGAAGGAGACAGACAAUUGGUCACAGCAGUGGUUGACAUUGGACCCCCAGCCGACUGGGUGAAGAUCAACGUACGAGAAACUAAAGAUUGUUUUGAGGUGUAUGCCCUAGUUCCCGGGCUCCUUCGUGAGGAGGUGCGAGUCCAAUCAGAUCCAGUUGGACGUCUGGUUAUAACUGGUUUGCCGGAACACAUUGAUAAUCCAUGGGGAAUUACCCCAUUUAAAAAGGUUGUGAACUUACCUGCAAGAAUUGAUCCCCUUCAGACAUCCGCUGUUGUUAGUUUGCAUGGUCGGCUAUUUGUACGGGUUCCCUUUGAGCAGGGAUCGGUAUGAAUGCUUGAUUUGUCAAAUCUCCUCUUAAGGGGUUAAAAUUAAACGAUCAGGGCGAGUUUAUAUGCUUGCAAAUACUGAAGCCCUGUUGGGUUAGUCGAAACUACCAACUACAUUACCAUUUUUUCUGGUAAAAAUACCCAAUUUCUCUAAUACAGUAUGCUAGAGUUUUCCCAUCAAAUGCCUUAUUAUCCAUAUACCAAAAAUUGGACAUUCUACCUUUUUUUACUUAUGUGUUGCCGCAUUUGUAACGUUAACUAGAAUCCAACUAGUGAGUAGAGAGCACUUGUUCAGAAGUCGCAUACCAAAAAACUACAUUAUCGAUA